AUGGGAAACCGUGGCAUGGAGGACCUGAUCCCGCUGGUCAACAAGCUGCAGGAUGCCUUCAGCUCCAUCGGCCAGGCCUGCAACCUGGACCUGCCGCAGAUCGCGGUGGUCGGCGGCCAGAGCGCGGGGAAGAGCUCCGUGCUGGAGAACUUUGUCGGCAGGGACUUUCUACCCCGUGGAUCUGGUAUUGUCACCCGUAGGCCACUGGUUCUGCAGCUUAUCAGCGCCACUGCAGAAUGGGCUGAAUUCCUCCACUGCAAAGGGAAGAAGUUCACAGACUUCGAUGAGGUUCGCCAGGAGAUCGAGGCGGAGACGGACCGAGUCACCGGGGGCAACAAAGGCAUAUCUGCCGUCCCCAUCAAUCUGCGGGUUUACUCCCCACACGUACUGAACCUGACGCUCAUCGAUCUACCGGGGAUCACGAAGGUGCCAGUGGGAGACCAGCCUGUAGACAUCGAGCAGCAGAUCAAGGACAUGAUCAUGCAGUUCAUCACCAGAGAGAGCUGCUUGAUCCUGGCCGUCACUCCGGCCAACACUGACCUGGCCAACUCUGAUGCCCUGAAAAUGUCGAAAGACGUCGACCCCCAGGGAACGAGAACCAUUGGAGUUAUCACCAAACUGGAUUUGAUGGAUGAGGGCACAGAUGCUCGAGAUGUGCUGGAGAACAAGCUGCUGCCGCUGCGAAGAGGUUACAUUGGAGUGGUGAACCGCAGUCAGAAGGACAUCGAUGGCAAGAAAGACAUCAAGGCUGCGAUGGAUGCGGAGAGGAAGUUCUUCUUGUCCCACGGAAGUUACAGGCACAUGGCUGAAAAAAUGGGCACCCCCCGCCUGCAGAGAGUACUCAACGAGCAACUGACCAACCACAUCCGGGACACCCUGCCAGCUUUCCGCAGCAAGCUGCAGUCCCAGCUGUUGGCUCUGGACAAGGAGGCCGAGGAAUACCGUGGAUACCGACCUGAUGACCCGUCGCGUAAAACCAAGCAGCUGUUGCAGAUGGUGCAGCAGUUCUCUGUGGACUUUGAUAAGAGGAUUGAGGGUUCAGGAGACCAGGUGGACACGGUGGAGCUGUCGGGCGGAGCCAAAAUCAACCGCAUCUUCCACGAGCGUUUCCCCUUUGAACUGGUCAAGAUGGAGUGUGAUGAGAAGGAGAUGCGACGCGAGAUCAGCUACGCCAUCAAGAACAUCCAUGGUAUCAGGACCGGACUCUUCACCCCCGACAUGGCGUUCGAGGCCAUAGUGAAGAAGCAAGUCAUAAAGCUGAAGGAGCCCUGCGUCAAGUGCGUGGACAUGGUCAUCCAGGAGCUGAUUAACACUGUGCGCCAGUGCUCCAACAAGCUUGAAUGUUUCCCGAGGCUGCGCGAGGAAACUGAGAGAAUUGUGACCUCUCAUAUCCGAGACAGAGAGAGCCGCGCCAAGGACCAGGUUCUGCUGUUAAUCGACAUCCAGCUCUCUUACAUCAACACUAACCACGAGGACUUCAUUGGCUUUGCUAAUGCGCAGCAGAGGAGCAGUCAGACCAAUAAGAGCCAGAGCUCGGCAGGAAAUCAGGUCAUCCGUAAAGGUUGGUUGACCAUCAACAACAUCAGCAUCAUGAAGGGAGGAGCCAAGGAGUACUGGUUUGUGCUGACUGCAGAGAGCCUCUCCUGGUUCAAGGAUGAUGAGGAGAAAGAGAAGAAGUACAUGCUCCCCCUGGACAACCUGAAGGUCCGCGAUGUGGAGAAGAGUUUCAUGUCCAGCAAGCACAUAUUCUGCAUCUUCAAUACGGAGUCGAGGAAUGUGUACAAGGACAAUCGCACCUUGGAGUUGGCCUGUGACUCUCAGGAUGAUGUGGAGAGCUGGAAAUCUUCUCUGCUUCGUGCUGGAGUCUAUCCUGAGAAGACGAUUAAUGUCGAGAGUGAGACCACCACCACCGCAGAUAACUUCUCUAUGGACCCUCAACUGGAGCGUAAAGUCGAAACUAUUCGUAACCUGGUGGACUCCUACAUGGCUAUUGUCAACAAGUGCAUCCGGGACCUCAUGCCCAAGGCCAUUAUGCAUCUCAUGAUCGGCAAUGUCAAGGACUUCAUCAAUGCAGAGCUACUGGCCCAGCUGUACUCUGCAGGGGACCAAAAUGCCCUGAUGGACGAGUCUCAAGAGCAGGCCCAGAGGAGGGACGAGGUGCUGAGGACCCACCAGGCCCUGAAGGAGGCGCUGACCAUCAUUGGUGAUAUCUCCACCUCCACCAUCACUGUUCCGGUGCCUCCGCCUGUUGACUCAUCCUGGAUGGGGGACCAAAGUGGUUCACGCAGGUCUCCUCCAUCCAGUCCCACUGCCUCCAGGAGGAUGUCUUCAGGCCAGCGCCCGGCUCCCCGAGGGGCUCCGCCACCGCCAAAUCGCCCAGGACCCCUGGGGCCUUUCAAUAACACUGCUGACAGCCCGCAGGCUCCAAGCCGCCCAAACAGGGCUCCUCCUAGUAUCCCCAGCCGGCGGCCCCCUCCGUCUCCUACACGGCAAGCUCCACCCUAA